AAAAGAUGGCGGGUGUGUCGGGGUCGUCUUUGAGCAGCGGCAGCGGUGGUAGCCCGCGAGUCAAGUGGCUCACGGACCUCGACAAGAGCGCCAUAGUCUCCAACUUCGAGAAGAGAGGCUGGGUAAAAGGCUCCCUGGAAGAUGGUGACUGGAAUUUCUACUUCUGCAGUGUGUACACUGCGAGGUCUAUGUUCAGUGUUGACAGUGGAUUCAGACUGGCCGAUGACCAAAUGAUAAGUCAUUUCCCGACCCACUACCGACUGACGAGGAAGGACUGCAUGGUGAAGAACAUCAGAAGAUACCGCAAAGACCUUGAGAGAGACGGCAGUCCGCUGGCAGAGAGAGACGAGAGAGGAAGAUUCAUCCAUCUUGAUUUCAUUCCAGUGACAUUCAUGCUCCCGGCCGACUACAACAUAUUUGUGGAGGAGUUCAGAAGACAUCCAUCUAGCACAUGGAUUAUGAAACCUGCCGGAAAAGCCCAGGGAACCGGGAUAUUCCUUAUAAACAAACUAUCACAGCUCAAGAAGUGGUCUAAAGAUCCGACAAAAUCUUCGCAAGUACCACACACUAGAGAGGUGUACGUCAUAUCUCGAUACAUCGAGAACCCUCUCCUCAUUGGUGGAAAGAAAUUCGACCUUCGCCUCUACGUUCUGGUCACCACUUUCCGUCCACUGAAGGCAUACAUGUAUCGGCUGGGGUUUUGCCGGUUCUGCACAGUCAAGUACAACACCAGUGUCAGCGAACUGGACAAUAUGUUUGUUCACCUCACAAACGUCUCCAUUCAGAAACAUGGGGAUGAAUAUAAUGCCAGUCACGGAGGGAAAUGGCCAGUUGAGAACCUGAAACUCUACAUCGAGGGAACGAGAGGAAAAGAGGCAUCGGACAAGGUGUUUGAGGACAUACACUGGCAGAUCUGUGCACUCUCUGAAGGCCGUUCAGAACGUCAUGUCCAGCGACAGACACUGCUUCGAAUGCUACGGGUUUGAUGUGAUCAUUGAUGACCAUCUCAAACCAUGGCUUAUUGAGGUGAAUGCCUCUCCCUCCCUAGCCUACACCACCACCAAUGAUCGCAUCAUGAAGACGUCGCUAAUGAAUGACAUCAUCAAUAUCGUCCUCUCUCCUUCUGGAUUCCCCGAGUAAUCCACUAAAUGAAGAAAAUCUGUGAAAUAUUCAAAACACGAAACAUUUUAUUCCCAUCUUCCGUAGUGUCAGAUGGGGCAAAUCGCCGUCAAAAGAAGCACUCGGAAAGUUUGAUCUGCUGUAUGAUGAAGAGCUGGCAAUGGCUGAGGCAAGAGAGAGAGAGGUGAAAUCCAGAACAAGCCAACGGGGAGGCGGUGGCGGAGGGAAAUCGAGGCUGGACAUCUACAAGAAACCAGCCGCCUCUUGGAAAUGAACUGUCCGUCGUUUUGAAGUGUGCGCAUGCGCAACGUUUAUGCGUUGCUGACUCAGCAGAACCAAUCGUCGCUUUGGUUGUUCUGCAACCACAAGACGCACGAACGGCAGCUCACCUUUGUGGCGGCGAUACGCUCAUCAUAUAUUGCUCCAAGAUCAAAGACAUUUACUACACUUUCGUGGAGGUCACGAACUCAGUCUUGGCUUUGGACGAACUGAAUUCCGA